CGGCGGGCGGGGUUCCGGGAGCGGUUGCCUGGGCCCGGCCGGCUCGCCCGCGCGUCCUCCCCUCCCUGCGCGCCCGCGGCCUCCUCCCCCUGCGCGCGCCCGCGGCCCGCUCUCCGCGCCCGCCCCGCCCGCCGGGAUUCGAGGCCGCGGCGGCCAAGAUGGCGGACCUGUCGCUGCUGCAGGAGGACCCGCCCGACGACGCCGACGGCUUUGGUGUGGAUGACUACAGCUCAGAGUCUGAUGUGAUUAUUAUGCCUUCAGCCUUGGACUUUGUCUCUCAAGAUGAAAUGUUGACGCCACUGGGAAGAUUGGACAAGUAUGCUGCAAGUGAGAACGUAUUUAACAGACAAAUGGUGGCACGGAGUUUGCUGGAUACGUUGAGGGAAGUCUGCGACGAUGAAAGAGACUGUGUUGCUGUUCUGGAAAGAAUUAGCAGAUUAGCUGAUGAUUCAGAGCCCACGGUGCGUGCAGAGCUGAUGGAGCAGGUGCCUCACCUCGCACUGUUCUGCCAGGAGAGCCGGCCUUCCAUCCCCUGUGCCUUCUCCAAGUACCUGCUGCCCGUCGUGGUGAGGUACCUCGCAGAUCAGAACAACCAGGUGAGGAAAACAAGCCAAGCGGCUUUGCUGGCUUUGCUGGAGCAGGAGCUGAUUGAGCGCUUUGAUGUGGAGACCAAAGUGUGCCCUGUCCUCAUAGAGCUGACUGCACCUGACAGCAACGAUGAUGUGAAAACAGAGGCCGUGGCUAUAAUGUGCAAGAUGGCACCCAUGGUUGGCAAGGACAUCACGGAACGCCUUAUCCUGCCCCGGUUUUGUGAGAUGUGCUGUGACUGCAGGAUGUUCCAUGUUCGGAAGGUCUGUGCUGCCAAUUUUGGGGACAUUUGCAGUGUCGUUGGCCAGCAAGCCACUGAGGAAAUGUUGCUGCCCAGGUUCUUCCAGCUUUGCUCUGACAACGUGUGGGGAGUUCGCAAGGCGUGUGCUGAGUGCUUCAUGGCAGUCUCGUGUGCAACGUGUCAGGAAAUCCGGCGGACCAAGUUAUCAGCACUGUUUAUUAAUUUGAUCAGUGAUCCUUCACGUUGGGUUCGCCAAGCAGCCUUUCAGUCUCUGGGACCUUUCAUAUCAACUUUUGCUAAUCCAUCUAGCUCAGGCCAAUAUUUUAAAGAAGAAAGCAAAAGUUCAGAAGAUAUGUCAGAAGAUAAAAAUAGAAGGCUCCGAGAUGAAGACGUGCCAGUGGAUGACCCCACAGCCCUCAGCGUCACUGGCCCCAAUGCCUGGCUGGAGUGCGCUCUGGAAGACAGUGGUGCCGGAGCAGCACAGGAUCCUUCACGGGAGCUGAGUGUUCCAGCCAACAGCCCUUCACUUUGUCCUUUGUCCUCAGAGCCUCAGCCAGAAGCAGUUUAUAGUGACAAGGGUGGAGAACCCGAUGGCUGCAGAUCCGCAUUGCAGCUGGAGGCUGACAUCACCACACAAGACUCUGCCCUCCUAGAUCAGGAAUUGUAUAACUCCUUCCAUUUCUGGAGGACUCCUCUUCCCGAAAUCGAUCUGGACAUUGAGCUGGAGCAGGACUCUGGGAAGAGCCUUGGCCUGGAGAGGCCAGAGGAGGCCUCUGAAGACCCCGGUCCAGGUUCUCCAAACAUCAGUAUGGCCACCAGGAGGGAGUUGGAGGAGAUGAUAGAAAACCUAGAGCCCCACAUCGAUGAUCCCGAUGUUAAAGCGCAAGUGGAGGUGCUGUCGGCCGCCCUGCGCGCCUCCGGCCUGGACACCCACACAGAGGCUGUCGGCAUGGAAAAGAGCGGCGAGCUGCAAGAUGAACCGGGUAUAAAUGAGCUACAAAAUUGUAAAAUAAAUCAAGAUGAUUCUGUGCCUUUAAUCAGCGAUGCUGUUGAGAGCAUGGAUCCCGCCCUCCACUACAUCCACAGUGACUCGGACGUGAGCACCAGCAGCAGCUUCAGCCCGGAUGAGGAGAGGAGACCUAAAGUGCAGGAUGUGGUGCCUCAGGCCCUGUUGGAUCAGUAUUUGUCUAUGACCGACCCUUCCCGCGCACAGACAGUGGACACGGAGAUUGCCAAGCACUGUGCAUACAGCCUGCCCGGGGUGGCCUUGACCCUUGGGAGGCAGAACUGGCACUGCCUGAGAGAGACCUACGAGACCCUGGCCUCCGACAUGCAGUGGAAAGUGCGGAGGACCUUGGCCUUCUCCAUCCACGAGCUCGCAGUCAUCCUCGGAGACCAGCUGACCGCUGCAGAUCUGGUUCCAAUUUUUAAUGGAUUUCUAAAAGACCUCGAUGAAGUCAGGAUAGGUGUCCUUAAACACUUGCAUGAUUUUCUGAAGCUUCUUCAUAUUGACAAAAGGAGAGAGUACCUGUACCAGCUCCAGGAGUUCCUGGUGACUGACAACAGUAGGAACUGGCGCUUCCGGGCCGAGCUAGCGGAACAGCUGAUCCUGCUGCUGGAACUGUACAGCCCCAGAGACGUGUACGACUACCUGCGCCCCAUUGCACUGAACCUGUGUGCAGACAAAGUGUCCUCCGUCCGCUGGAUUUCCUACAAGCUGGUCAGCGAGAUGGUGAAGAAGCUACACGCGGCCUCCCCACUGACUUUCGGCACUGACCUCAUCCGGGAGUUGGUGGACAACUUCGGCAGGUGCCCGCGCUGGUCCGGCCGCCAGGCCUUCGUCUUCGUGUGCCAGACAGUCAUCGAGGACGACUGCCUGCCCAUGGACCAGUUCGCUGUGCACCUCAUGCCACACUUGCUCACCUUGGCCAAUGACAGGGUUCCAAACGUCAGAGUGCUGCUGGCCAAGACGCUGAGGCAGACGCUGCUGGAGAAAGAGUACUUCCUUACCUCUGCCAGCUGCCACCAGGAGGCCGUGGAGCAGACCAUCAUGGCGUUGCAGAUGGACCGAGACAGUGACGUCAAGUACUUCGCCAGCUUCCACCCCGCCAGCACCAAAGUCUCUGAAGACGCCAUGAGCACAGCCUCCUCGACCUACUAAGCAGCGGCCUCAGGCGUGUGCUGGGGGGGCAGGGUGCGGGCUGCUGGGGCUCGGCCUCCCCCCCCCCCCCACGGUCGCGGUCAGGAGUGAGUAGACGCUGUCUCACCCUGCCUGAAGGGAACAGCAUUUCUCAGCGGAUUCUUCUGUCACCAAAGCCUUAACUCGCCUGUCUUCCUGAUGGACACGUGACGGGCGGAACGGUUUCCUCCCAGCGGGGUGAUCCCCGAGACCUGAGGCGCUCCCCAGGUUCCUAUACCAGCCGACGAAUGAAUUCUUGCAGCCAGAGUGACGCACACUGGACACGGGAACAACAGCAGUGUUGGCCCUGCCCGGCACCUGCAGGCCGGUCCAGAUGCGGAAGGGAGUGGCAGGUUUCUCCAGAAAGCCUGAUGCCAACACUAAAGCAGAUCAGAUCUUAACUCGGGAAUGCAGCAUAUUGCUGUGCACUUGUGCAGACUGUUUGCUCAGUGUCUCUGUCCUGGUUUUCUCAUGCUGGUCAUGACCGGAAGGAAAGUCCUCAGCGUGGCUGUCGGGGUUUUGGACUGGAUCAUGGUCUGCUCCGAGUGCGACUUCCUCCACACGCUGGGCGUCUGUGCAGCCGCCCGGGGUGCUGUGGUCCUCAAUCAUGCUGUCAGAAUGGCCGUGGAACAAGUUCUCUUGUCCAAAUAAAAUUUAUUAACGACAUCUAGAAA